UGCAUUUUACAGAGUGAAUAACUUUAACUGCUUCACCUGUACAGUGUAUCGUCUUGAGAAUAAACUUAGACAACAACACUAACAGUUGAUAUCCACCCCUUUAGUAAUGUAUUAAUAUUAUAAAAGAAAAUGACCAGGUUGGUGUUGAUGGCGACUGGUGGAAGCUGUAGCUGAGUUACGCCAGACCAGACUAGACCACCACACACCUUUCCCUCACACUCCAGUUUUUGGCCAUACUAUGGAGUCAGACACUCCCAACCUGCCAAUUUUCGGCAAGACACAGUUCACUGGAGAUGAGCAAGCAGCCAUCCAAAAUGUCUUGCGGCAGAAGCUUGGACCAUCCUUCAUCAGUCAGCGACCUGGAGCAGGAGCCCAACGCAUAGCAUAUAUUGAAGGCUGGCGACUCGUGAGCCUCGCAAAUGAAAUUUUUGGUUUCAAUGGCUGGAGCCAUUCAGUUACAAACCAGACUAUUGAUUUUGUCGACCACUACAAUGGCAGAUACUAUGUAGGAGUUAGUGCAAGAGUUCGGGUGCAGCUGAAAGAUGGAGCUUUUCAUGAGGACAUUGGCUAUGGUGUUUGUGAGGGAAUGAAGAGUAAAGCACUGUCACUAGAAAAGGCUCGUAAGGAAGCAGUGACUGAUGGUUUAAAGAGGGCUCUGAAAAGCUUUGGAAAUGCCCUUGGGAACUGCCUCAGUAACAAGGAUUAUCUACGCUUUAUUGGCAAAGCUCCAGCUGCCCCUGUACCAGGUAUUAAUUCCAAAGAUCUGCUGCACCAAGAUGUUCACACAGGUCUUGCACAGACACGUAAACGAGUCUUGGACGAGAGUCGUGGAAAGAGACAGAACUGUCAGGUUAGUGGUUCAAGAGCAACAAAAGAGCACAUUCCCAGCAUGUCAGACACUACUCCAGGUGAAGUCAGUAAUAUCUCAUCCCAUACAGGACUAUCAAACAGUGAACUUAAUAAUGCAGAAGUAUCACUUAAUGAUGUCAAGGCAUCUUCACAAAUGAGAAACGGUAAUAAAGUACCAAAACUUAUUGUGAAACUUGAAAGAAUGGAAAAGUCAAUCAGUACAGAGAAGCAAUAUUUAAUACAUAACCAAAGUUUACCUCUAAAAAAAAAUUCUGGUUCCCCUUCAGUAUUAAAUAACAGUCUUCCGCUAACUAAAAAAAAUGAACCCCCAGUAGAGAAUCUAAGUCUUCAUAAACGUAAAACUUCAAGUUUAUCUGUACAAGCAGAGUGUUCAUUGAUCAAGAAUAAAUCUUGUGAUAUCAGUAAAAUUUCAUCUCCCUCAGUACUAAAUAAAAGCACACCCUUAAAUGAACCAACUGUGGAUGAAGUAAAAUCUUCAGUAAAGGACACUUCACAAGGUACAGUAGCUGGUGACCCUGCUGAGGCAUCACUGAAACUCACCAUUCAGCAGGUAACAGACUGUACCAAUAAUUAUCUCAAGAAUAUGACAGGACUUAAAGAAAUAACAAAGGAAAGAGAAAAUUCACCUAACUCAUUUAUUGGUUUUACCAAAGAUAUGAUUGUACACUCUCCAAUAUCAAAGUCCAACAGUAACGAAGUGGAUGAAUAUAAGAGUGAAAGAAAGAGGAGACAGAGAGAAAAACAACAAGCGUUUAAGAUGAAAAUGAAAGAUAGACAUCCUUCUGUCAAUCCAUCUCAUGGGACGACACCGAACAAGCCUGACACGGCAUCAGAAGCAAGUUUAUUUGACAACGGGGACGACGUAGUUGGAGAAGAUGAUCCAGCAUUUUGGGCUCAGCUAAUGACACAACAACUCAUGGAAGCCAGACAAGAAGAAAAACAGACAGAGUCAUUCGCUUACUCUUUAGGUCUUGCUCCCUCGCGUACCAAAGAAAAAUAUGAAAAUCAACACUCCAACAUUGGUUUUGUGGGAAGAGCUUCCACCUCUGCUGCUCAUGGUCUUAUUGCAGGUCUUAACGACAGAAAUUUAGUAAAAAGUGGCGAUAGCAGUUCAGUUAAUCAACAAAAUGGCAAUUUUGUUGCUAAAAAUGUAUUUACAUCAUCAUUUAAAAGUACUAACUCUAGUGUAAGACCUGGUGACACCACUUUACCUGUUGCAGACAGUUUUGGGAACAAGAGUGAUGUAACUGGAAAAUCAAUAAUGAAUGAAAAUGUUCAAAUUAAAAUGGAAAAGCAACAUUACGUUGAAAAACUAGCUCAAGGCAGUUACAAUUCCUUGUACAGCGAUGGAGAAGAUUCAUCCGUCUGGCGUUCACCUCGCACCAACAAGGGAAAUACACACAAAUAUGAGGACUUUAAAUUACCAUUGACUAGAAACAAUGGACAUAAUGAUGGAAGAUCAAGUCCAGUUUUCUCAAAGAAACGGAAAACAGAGGGAAGUGUGUGAAAUAUUGUAUUGGAUCUGUUUUUAGUACCGCUUACCAUAUAUGGAAGAGAAAUCAUUCUUACAUAGAUAGUCUAGUUUCAUUUAAGAUGGAAAAACAUUUUUAAUUGCUCUGUUUAACGAGCUGUUUACAGUACACAAGUAUUUUUAUGCAUUAAAUCAUGAUCAUUUAGCAACACAAUUUUUAAAAUGUGUGAAAACUUAUCAGGUUUGUAAUUAGCAUUUGAGGUGACCAUAAGGGUUAUGUAACCAUAUUACUGCAUAUUCACUAACCAUAUUAAGUUUACAUUUUAAGUACAGGACAGUAUUGUAUCCAUUUUGUGAAUCAUAUACAUCUUUUAUUUAUAAAAUUUGUAAUUAAGGUAGAAAUCUAGUAUACAACUGAUUUUUUUCAGUUGAACCUAUGAAAUUACUUACUUUCAAAGUUGAGCUUUUAUCACCCAAGUAAAGUACAGUAAGUGAAUCAAAGUACAGUAAAUAGUAAGGUGUGAGAUGCUUGUUAGUUAAUUUUUAGUUUUCAGGAAAGUGUAGUUGGCACAGUUAUUGUAAUACAAACAUUUUGUAAUGACUUAGAAAAAUGUACCUGAGACCAUCUCACCUCUUGUCUAGUCAUAAGGAUGUUAAAAAAUUUGUUUUAGACAACUCCACAAGGAAGGCUUUCAUAGUGUUUUUAAUUAGCAAAAAUUUUUUUUUCAUUGUGCUCAUGUAAUUGUGAAUUAAAGUGAUUUUAAUAA